AUGGAUUCAAAGAAGUCUAACAAGAUCAGAGAGAUAGUCAGACUCCAACAGAUCCUCAAGAAGUGGAAGAAGCUCUCCACUGCACCAAAGAACACAACAAACAAGAGCAUCAACAAUUGCGGCACCACCACCACCAACCCCACCCUUAGCACCAGCAAGAGCUUUAAAUUCCUCAAGAAAACACUCUCCUUCUCAGACACCUCGGUUUCGGCGGUGUCGAACGACGUUGUCCCCAAAGGUUCCCUAGCUGUAUGCGUUGGGAAAGAGCUGAAGAGGUUCAUAAUCCCAACUGAAUAUCUGGGUCACCAAGCAUUUGGUAUAUUGCUGAGAGAGGCUGAAGAGGAGUUUGGAUUUCAACAGGAGGGAGUUUUGAAGAUUCCAUGUGAAGUCCCUGUGUUUGAGAAAAUCUUGAAGAUGAUGGAAGAGAAAAGAGAUGUAUUUUUCUUCCAUGACUUCGGGCAUAAUGGAGAAAAUGACAUGGUUGUUUGUUACUCACCAGAUUGUGAGCUAACCCCAUCUCAUCAUACUCAGAUGUGUAGAUGA